AUGGCUACUAAAUCGAGUAUUAAAUACCAACCUGGCCAUCAGAUCCAAUGGAAGAUUCCAGCGAUCCAGGCCUAUCUUCGAGACCAGGAUCAGUUUUUAGAACUGCUCUUGCUUUUAUGUCAUAUUACGGGGGGCCAGCCUGCGCGAGGAACUGAGAUCUUGAGCCUACGCCACCGGAAUACCAUCCAUGGACGACAUCGCAGUAUCUUUAUUGAGCAGGGUCUAAUCAGUAUGGUGACUAGUUACAAUAAAGGCUAUCAUGUCACUGGAUCGACCAAGAUCAUCCAUCGAUAUCUACCCCGGGAGCUAAUUCUUCCCUUCUGCGAGAAGCUGGAGAUCCUUGCCUUUAAGAAGACCGAGCCGCCCUCCCCAUUCCUCUGGCCAAAGGCCCAUCGAAGAGAGAGAGAAGAAGAUAGCAGCUACCUUACCAUUGCCAUCUCUCGGGCCCAUCUCCCCAGUGGUGGUUUCAAGCAGGAUUACAGGGUAAAUAAGAAGACCGCAGGCACUAUUUAUGCCCGGGGUUUGAAGAAGGCACCAGGACAUGUUGAAGAAUGCCGGACACAAUAUUGA